CUCACUCCUGUUUAGACGCCUCAAGGCCAAAACAAAAGAAAAAGAAAAUUCUAGAAGUCUUCUCUUAUCAUAUCUCAUAAUAAAACCCACUCUCUCUACAUCCACACUAUACUAGGGUUUUUAUCUUGCUCUACUCUUUCCUGCGUAUUUUUCUCAAACUCAAACGAGGGACUAAAGAAAUAAUGGCAACAGCACAGUUGACAGCAUUCUCAAUUUCGGUUUCAGCAAGGAACUUGUCUUCCUUUGAAGGAUUAAGAGCUUCAAAUGUCAAGUUUGCUUCUUUUAAACCACUUGUUGGUGUUGGUCUUCCUCUCUCUCGACGCUCUUUUCAGGGCUUGGUCGUUAAAGCUGCCACUGUUGUCGCUCCCAAGUACACUUCCAUUACGCCUUUGGGUGACAGGGUGCUGGUGAAGAUCAAGACUGUUGAGGAGAAGACUGAGAGUGGUAUCUUACUUCCAUCUUCUGCUCAAAGCAAGCCUCAAGGUGGUGAGGUGGUUGCUGUUGGAGAAGGGAAGACUAUUGGAAAGGCAAAGCUGGACAUUUCUGUCAAGACUGGCACCCAGGUUGUGUAUUCCAAGUAUGCUGGGACUGAGGUGGAGUUUGAUGGUUCAAGUCACCUUAUACUGAAGGAGGAUGAUAUUGUUGGCAUCCUUGAGACAGAUGAUAUCAAGGAUCUUAAGCCGCUGAAUGAUAGAGUAUUCAUAAAGGUUGCUGAGGCAGAGGAGAAAACUGCUGGAGGCUUGUUGCUAACAGAGGCCACUAAAGAGAAACCUUCUAUUGGCACGGUGAUAGCAAUUGGACCUGGACCACUUGAUGAGGAAGGUAACAGGAAGGCACUAUCCGUGUCCCCAGGAAACACAGUUUUGUACUCCAAGUAUGCAGGGAAUGACUUCAAAGGGAGUGAUGGUGCCAUCUACAUCGCGUUGAGAGCUUCUGAUGUAAUGGCUAUACUCUCGUAGUUGUCCAUUGGAAUAUGCUUCGCUACCUGGAAUUUUGUAGUUGAGUUGCCUAAAGGCUUAUGGAUUGUGAUUAUAGUCUUUGAAUCUAAUUUGAAUUGCUGCAUUGUUUGAGUCCAA